GGUCUCUAUCGUGUGAACUUCGUCAAGAAGAUGACGAAGGGAACGUCAUCAUUUGGUAAACGUCGCAACAAGACGCACGCCCUGUGUCGUCGGUGCGGAUCGAAGGCAUACCACCUGCAGAAGUCUUCAUGUGGAAAGUGUGGCUACCCCGAAAAGCGCAAGAGAAGAUAUAACUGGAGUGCCAAGGCCAAGAGACGCAACACCACAGGGACUGGCCGUAUCAGACACCUGAGGGUCGUCUACCGCAGGUUCAGGAAUGGAUUCCGUGAGGGCACUGUCCCUAAGCCAAAGAGAGCAGCAGUAGCUGGUUCAAGCUCUUCCUAGGCUCCGAGUCUGAAAUAAAGUAACCAU